AUGCAGCGGACAGACUCAUUCUCUCGGCGCUUUAAGGGGGAUGCGGAAUUGUCAGCGGCUCCUGCGUAUCCUCGCAGCCGCAGCACCGGUCAGUCCAACAGCUUCCCUCACAGACAAGCCGAUGGGGAUUACAACAGCUACAGUAACUACGAGCCAGAUGCUGGUGGCGACAAUUUCGAUUUUGAGGAGACCACGUGGUCUCCCGCUCUCACUUCGGGCGGCGAGGUUGCACGAGAUCGACCCACUCGUAACAACCAUCGCCGAACGCUGUCCGUGUCGUCGGCGCUGCGGCCGCAGAUCUACCAGAACUUCCACGACGCUGGCGAGAACCAGAGCGUAGGUGGGGGUAUGCUGGGACUCUACGGAGAGCUGGGCAGCGCAGAAGGGGAGCUUUUGCGGCAGCGCAGCGAGCAGGCCACGAGGAUACCCGGAUCGUCGUCCACUCCUAACACGUAUGGCCACAGGGGGGGGUCGUCGCUCGCGACGUCGCUGGACGGAACAGGCAGCAGCAGCAUGGGAAGCGGCAUGCGGAGCGGCAUGGGUAGCGGCUUAGGUAGCGGCAUCGGAAGCAGUGUGGUGGAUAGCGAGGCGCUGUUCGCGGCGAUGCGGGGGCGGCAUCUGGGCGCGGGAUCCGCGAGCAUGGACGUGGAGCGGUUGGCGGACGCGGCAGGGAGGGACCUGGGGGGGAGAUACGAUAGCGUGGGUGGCGGCAGGUAUGGCGGGAGCAUGCGGCUGGGAGGAGGGGACGGGGCAGCGGAGCUACGGAGGGUGCUGAGUCACAGGGAGAGUGACUUCGCCAACGGUCAUGCGGGGCGCCAGGACGCGUGGUCGGAUCUGUCCACUGAUCCGGCUUCCUUUUCCGCCAGCUCGUGGCGGGGCGGAGCGGACAGCUUCGCAGACCUCGUGGGGAAGCCCGGCGGAGGCUCGUCGACUCUAGACUUCAUCGAUGACGGCAUGGGGAUGGGCGCAGGCGCGGGGGCGGGAAGGCGCAUGGGCGCGGAGGAACUCCUGGGACUGGCGGGGGAGCUCAGGCAAGGCAGAGGCGGGGGAUUCGGCGGAGCUGGCGCAGGCAUGCUGGGGUUUCCGGACGAAGAUUUGGGAGGGGGAGGAGGUGUCGGAGGCGGGGGAGGGGGAUUAGUGGGGGCAGCGGGCGCGGGGAUGAGUGGGGGGAGCGGGGCGGGGGUGCAGCUGAAGGCGGUGCUGAAACUGGUGGAGGCGGCGCACGCCAACGACGCGGCACUCGUCAACAGCGUGCUGCAGGAAGCCUCCUCGCGCACCGCGCUGCUCAACGCUCUGCACCCAGCGACGGGGAGGACGGCGCUGCACGAGGCGGUGGUGGCGGGCAGUCUGGACGCGGCGGCGCUGCUGCUGGAGUGGGGCGCGGACCCCGACGGGGGCACGGCCGCCGCCGAGGGAGGGCAGUCGCCGCCGCUGAUGUCAGCGGUGCAGGCGGGCAGCGAGGAGGCGGUGCGGCUGCUGCUGACCAACGGCGCGGACAUCAACGCCACGGACGCGCGCCUCUGCUCCGCGCUGCACUACGCCUGCGCCACCGGCCACAGGAGCAUAAUAAAGCUGCUGCUGGUGGCGGGCGCCAACAUGUACGCGCGCAACCGCGACGGGCUGCUGCCGCAGGAGCUGACCUCGUCGGACCGCAUUGGCGCGCUCUUCCGCAAGCUGCACGACUACCACCAGCGCUGCGCCGCCCCUGACUCCGCCUCCCCCGCCGCUCGCCCCCUGGACGCCGCCACACGCGCGGGGGGACUCGGGGGGUUCCGCCAAAGCACUGAUUUUGAGGAAGGGGACUUGCUUUCAGGGGAUUUGGGAGGCUCGGAUCUACUGGGAGGUUCGGGGGGAGGCUUGGAGGAUAUUGGCGGGUUUAGGCCUGAGUUGGGGCGGUCUGGGUCUGGCAGGCGGUUGGGGUUGGGUUUGGGUGGGGAGGGGGAGGAGGAUGGGGGAAUGGGGGGGGAGUUUGAGGGGAUUGCAGGGGGCGGGGGGAGGAGUCAGAGGGGCGCGGCGUGGCUGGCGGAGCUGAGGGCGCGGACUGGCUUUGACGCAGGCGACGGGGGAAGGGAUGGGGGGAACAGGGAGCUGUUGCGGUGCGGCAGCAGCAACAGUGGCAGCCAGGGCUUGGGGCACAGCAACAGUCUGAACCAGAACCAGAUCGACAGGCCCCAAGCCCCCCACCAGCGCCUCUCGCAGCAGCAGGGCUAUGGCGCUGGCAGCGGCAACGGCAGGGAGGGAAGGGGGGAGGGCGCGGAGUGGCUUGGGGGCGAAGGGCUGGAGAGCAAGGAGGAGCUGUUUCAGAAGGCGUGGGAGCAUGACAGGGAUGACGAUACCACCUCGCCCACGUUCCCCAUCUCCCUCGCUCCCACCGGUGCUGCUGGCAGGGCGGGUGGGGAGCAGCACGGCAGUGGGCAGGAGAGGGGAGGGGUGCGCGGUGUGGGGGGGGGACGGAGAGGGGAGGAUGGGCGGGAGGCGUGUGAUAGCUCAAGUGAGACGGACGGCGGUGGUGAGCGGAGGAGGCGGGUGGGUGUGCGGCGUGCAGGGGGGUUAGGGGGAGCAGCGGCAGCAGGGCAGGCUGGUGGGGGGACAGCAGUAGGGGUGCGGACACAGGGGCAGGGACAGGCGCAGUCACAGGGGGGCACACAGGCGCAGGGACAGGGGGGGACACAGGCGCAGGGACAGGGGGGAGCGGCGCAUACAGUGUCCCAGCCGCACCUGCGGUACCAUCGCACUCUCAGUGACUCAGGCCACCGCCCCUCGCCCUCCCCAACCUCGCUCUCCCCCCUGCUUGCCAGCAGCCCCACCCACGGUUCCCCCAGCAGCGCUGCCUCCCCUGCUGGAGGCUCGGAUUGCCACUUGGAUGCGGACGGACCGAACUCCCAGGUCCGGCGGUCCCGAACCGCAAGCCUAGCUCUGGGAAACGCAGCAGGGCGGUCAGUAGGAGGCCGUGGGGGAGGGGCGAUGGAUGGGCGGGGCGGUCGCGGAGGGAGGGCGGGAGUGGGGCUGAUGGGGAGGGGGGUGCGAGCAGGGAGGCACGCGCGGUCUCAGUCUGUCAGCCUGGACGGGUCACACAGGGGCGGCAUUCCCUUGGGCCCACAGGCCGCUGGGCAGAGCAGAGCAGGCGCAGAGGCAAGGCGAGCAGCAGCAGGGGGGUCUGCGGGCAGGAGAGACGGCGCCGUGGGCGCGGGAAUAGGUGCGGGGGCGGGGGCCGGUGCUGACGAUGGUGUGGGGUUGGAUUCGGUGGAGAGGGGCUCAGGCGAGAGGGGGUCGAAGCUGGAGAACUUCCGUUUGGACGCACAGUAUGGGUCGGAGACAGAGGGCAGGCGGGCACCAGACGCCAGGCCCCUGCUGCGAGUGGGCAGUCUGGGGGAGCGACACAUUGAGAGCAUGCGAGCAGUGGCAGGGGAAGGGGUGGGGGUAGGGUUGGACAGAGGCAACAGCAGGCAGCAGCAGCACCAUGUGAGGGAUCUAAGGCUGACUGGUGCUUUGGGUAGUGACAAGGGGAGGGAGAGAGGGGGCGUGAGGGAGCGAGGGGCAGAUGGUGGGGGUGAGGUGUCGACGAGUGAUACUGAAGUGUCGGUGAAAACGCCGAUGUCCGCCCGCCUGCCGUCCGCGCACGCGUCGGGUGGGUGGCGGAGGGCGUCUUCAGUGCGCGGGGAGAUUCUGACGGACGGCGAGCGGGCGGCGAUGGGGGAGAGGAAGGCUCUGCAGCCGUCAGGGCAGGGUAAAGGAGGGGGGGCUGCAGCUGCCGUCUCUGCUUCUGCUUCUCCCCCUGCUGCUGCUAAUGCCACUGCUGAAAAGGCGAGUGGUGCAAAUGCUGCUAACGUAAGUUCUGCCACCAGCCCGAGUGGUGCAAGCACUACCACUACCGGUGCUGCUGCUGCUGGUGCCGCUGCUGCUGCUGCUGCUGCUGCUGCUGCUGCUGCUGCUGCUGGAGCUGCAACUGCUGGCGGCAGUGGGAGCCACACGCCGGUGGGCAGAAGCAUCAGCAGCAGCAGUGGCACUUCAACUGCAUCCCGCCCCCCUGCCCGCGUGCGCAAGUCCGUCUCCUUCGCCUUGCCCUCUGCUGGCGACGAUGGCUCCCCGAACCAGCAUGGGCGGCAGAGGGGCGAGAGUGAGGGCGAGAGCGACGGGGGGUCAGGGAAGGAGGAGACGGAGAGUGGCAGCGAGGGCGGCGGGGUGAGGAGGCACCGGCGAUAUGGCGACAGGCGGAUGUCUCCUCGCCCUCCUGUGUCCCCCCGCCGGCGAGCGGCUGUUGCUGCUGCUGCUGCCGCAGGGGGGCUGGCAGGGCAUGGGAAACCGGGGGCAGGAGGGGAUAAGGAGGGGGAAGAGAAGGGUGACGCGGCGGGCAGAGGGAAGGUGCCCUCAGGUGCUGGCUCCCCCUCGUCUCCCUCCUCGCCUGCUACCUCCUCCCCCUCUGCGCCCUCCCCUUCCGCCUCCCCGCCCAACCAGUCCUCCCCCCUGGCCUCCCCCGUCACCCCCUCGCCCCGCUCUCCUUCCACAACCUCCGCCUCGCCCCUUUCUGGCAAGGCGGAUGGCAGUGGGGAGGGCCGGGAGGAGAAGGGCGCGGAGAAGCAGGCAAAGGGGGAAGAGAAGGGCGGUGUGCUGGACGGGAAGGCGAGCAAAGAGGCAGUGGGGGAGGAGGGAAAGAAGCAGGAGGGUGAAGCGGGGCAUGGGAAGGGUGGGAAGGGGGAGGGACGAGCAGAGGAUGGGAGUGCAGGCAGUGGCAGUGAGGGGAAUGAAAGUGACGGCAAGUCCCCCUCCCCUUCCUCCUCUUCCGCCACCACCACCACCUCCUCCUCUUCCUCUUCCUCCUCUCCUUCCACUGCCACCACCAGCGCCACGUCAACGACCACCUCUGCCAGCGUGGCAAAGGCCCUGGAAGCGUCAGCGUCGGUGUCCAUGUCAGCAUCCCCGCUGGGCACGCUCAAGUGGAAGAAGGGCGACCUGCUGGGCGAGGGCGCCUUUGGCAAGGUCUUCCUGGGGCUGAACGAGAUGACGGGGGAGCUGAUGGCGGUGAAGCAGAUCAAGAUGACGACGGCGGGCGACGAGAAGGCGAUGCUGAUCGCCUCUUUGGAGCGCGAGAUCGUGCUGUACCGGCAGAUGCGGCACCGGCACAUCGUGGGGUACAUCGACAUGGAGAAGGACGAGGCCGACGGCUCCAUCUACAUCUUUCUCGAGCUUGUCUCGGGUGGUUCGUUGCACAGCAUGCUGGAGAAAUUCGGCAAGUUCAGUGAGUCGCUGGUGCGUGUGUACACGCGGCAGCUGCUGCUGGGGCUGGAGUAUCUGCACGGGUGCAAGAUCAUUCACCGUGACAUCAAGGGCGGCAACGUGCUUGUGGACCGCGACGGGGUCAUCAAGCUCGCUGACUUUGGUGCCUCCAAGGCAUUCCACGAGGGCACGGUGGGAGAGGGGUGCAAGUCGAUCCGCGGGUCGGUGUUCUGGAUGGCACCGGAGGUGAUCAAGGGGGAGGGGUACGGCCGCCGUGCUGACAUCUGGAGCCUUGGCUGCACCGUCAUUGAGAUGCUCACUGGCAGCCACCCAUGGCCGGGAAUGGACAACACGUGGUCAGCAAUCUUCCACAUCGCCAAGACCACCACGGGCCCGCCCAUUCCCGAGGGCAUAUCAGACGAGGGCCGCGAGUUCCUAGAGGCGUGCUUCCACAUAGAGCCCUACGACAGACCGUCUGCAACUGAGCUUCUGAAGCUACCAUUUACCAAUCUUUGCCACCACUCCCUUGGCACCAUCUUUGCAUCAGUUCCCGACGAGGUUUCCCACGAGGCGCUUCUACGUCUCCCGCGCCACCUGCACGGUGCGCUCAAAACCGUCUCCAAGUCCUGGAGCUCCGCCGUGUCCAGCGGAGCGUUCUUCCAGGCGCGAGAGGUGGCGGGAGUGGUCGAGGAGUGGCUCUUCGUUCUCCCAGAAGACCCCGACCAGGGCUCGUUCCGCGCCUUCGACCCGAUCUCGCACUCAUGGCACGCCGUGCCGGCCAUUCCCGGUCGGUCCAAGAAUGAGGGGCUUUCAGAAUUCGCGACGGUGGCGGCGGGCGGGAAGAUGUACGUCAUUGGCGGCUGCGAGCGCGUCACGUCAGCAUCGUCUUCGGGUGUGAGCAGCGCAGAGGUCGCGACGGCGCGGGUGCGCGUGUUCGACCCCGUCGCGUGGCGCUGGGACUUCUGCGCGCCGAUGAGCGAGGCGCGCAUCUCCCCCGCCGCGGAGGUGCUGGACGGCCGUUACAUCGUAGUUACGGGCGGACAGGGCCGACACGCGUUUCUGCGAUCCGCCGAGAUUUUCGACGUGUACAUCGGUGAAUGGCGGAGCAUCAGCGCGAUGCAUGCCGUGAGAUGCGGGCACCGCGCCGUGGUGCUCGGGGGGCAGCUGACGGUGAUCGCAGGGGAGGUGCAGCGUCACGACAGCUCGACUGCUGACGUCAUGGGCUUACGUCAUGACGGAGACGGGCACACGCGCGAGAGCACGGCGUCAAUCGAGGUGUACGACCGGCAGAGCGACCGGUGGGACCUGGUACCCAACGCGUGGAUCGACGACGGCAAGAUCCCGGGCCCCAUAGCCGUGCUUAACGGCCACCUCUACGCCGUCCACCAGUCGCGCCUCGUCGUGCGCGACGCCGCCACGGGCGAAUGGCGCAAGUGCGGGCCGAUCCCCUCGCUCCACGUCAGCAGCACGGGCGUCGGAAGCUUCGGGCGGCAAAACAGCGCGACGCGCGGCGUGGGCAUGAUUGCCUUCCAGGGGAAGCUGUUCUUGCUGGGCGGCGCACGCGACGCGUGGGGCCAUGGCGGGAGGGUGGGUUUGGAGGAAGUGUUUUGCUGGGACCCCGAGGAGGAGCGCAGGCGCGGGCGGGAGGAGGAGGCGCGCAGGCCCAAGGGGCUGGCCGCGCCCAUGUUCAUGCGCCCCACCGAACGGCUGCUCAACUGGCAGGCCGUGGGGGGCAUGGGCGGCGGGAAGGGCGCCAUUCUCGGGUGCGCCGUGCUGAGAGUGUAA